UGGUGCUGACUAUCGCCAAAAAAACAAUCCUCUUGAACUGGAAAUUGAAACACUCCAUAACUAUCACACUCUGAAAAAACCUUCUCCUUGACUAUAUCUCACUAGACAAACUUUCCACCUCCUCUAACCAGAACUCAAAAUCUCAAGACUCAAUAUGGCAACUCUUCAUAAAUUCAAUAUACUCAUCAUAAUACUCCAUUGGUAAUUCACACUUUUGAUCUUCUCUGCUUAAAGAUGUUUUCCUCUUUUUUCUGUAUCUGCUUUCUUAACAUCAUAAUCAAAUUAACAUUAAUAAUCAAAUGUAUUAUUUAUUUUAUAAUUGUAAUCAAACCACACACAAACACCAAAAUCCUCACCCCACAUACACCCACUUUACCUCACUUAUGUAUAACUGUAGUAUGUCAUUAUUUUAUUUUGUUUUUCAUGUGUGUGUCUCUUAUUCACCAAUUUGUGUCAUGUCACUUCUUUCUUGUAAUGUUUUGCACUAAUAAAAAAAGGGGAAAAAAUAUAAUUCAGCCCCCAAUAAAAAGAAAAAAGUGAGUAUUCAGACUUCAAAAAAUAAAAUAAAUAAAUUGCCAUGACAAAAAAAGGGUAACCAGACACUGGAAAGAAAUGGAUCCUUAGUAAUUUUACCAUAUUGCUAAUCAAUUGUAAAUGUUAGCUAAUUAAACUAAAUUAGCAGACAGGCUAAAGGACGAUUUUUGGCCAAACUCUCCACUCUUUAUCCUACAAAAGACAGAGCAAGAGCAUUAAAAAUUAUUUUCACAUUCUUCUGGCGCCACCUAGGUCAAAUCUUCGGAAUCGCAUGACAGGAAAAUCAUUUAAUAGUUCUGUGCAGUAUUUGUGUGUUUCUACUUUGCAUUAAGUACAGGCUGCUGGGAAGGCUGGGUUAACAGUUUUGGAUUUCAGAGUGCUGUUGCUUUAACACUGGUGUUUAGGUUUGAAUUCAGGCUUAUAUAAUGUCUCUGGAUGUUUUGAGUAAAAUUAUAUGUGUAUUGAUUACUAAUGGUAGGCACAGUCCUGGAAAUUACAAGUAUUUUGUCUAUUAUUUUGUUACUAAAUCAACAAUUACUUCAAUGUGUCAGGUGAAAAGAUACUGUACUGAAAAACUCCUAAACAACUUCUAACUUUUUCAUUUUAAAAUCAUUACCUGUUUUUUAUAUACUAUGGUUGAGAAAUGUUUUGUAAAGUACUAUAGACAUAUGAAUCCUAGAAGGAAAACUUCCAAAUGCAAAGUUUUUUCAAAAUCCAAGUAUGUCCUUCUAAAUUUGGUGUCCAAAUGUUGGUCUCAUGUCGGUCUACAGUACUCUGUCACCACUCUCUGGGGGAUGUUGGGAAUGCAGUUUAGAACUAAAAGGUCUGUGUUUGUAGUCAAAAGUUCAAAAGUUCAAAAGUUGAUCUCCCAACAUUAUGAAAAAGCAUCUGUUCUUGAAACCAGAUUGAUACUUUAAUGUGCAUGUUAUUAUGAUAUAAUAAUUUAAAAAGGAUGUUGAACCUGAAUUUGACAGUUUAAAAUAAGUUUACAUUGUAAGCAGCAAAGCCAGAUUUAGCUUGAAUUAAGGGUUUAUUUCCACAGCUUUUUCCUCUACAAUAACGUAUCCCAUAUUACUUACUUUCUAUCACUUAAUUUGCCAGUGCAAACAAAACAAACGCUGACCUCAACUGGAGGUGAAGGGGUCUAGUAUUUCUACUAUGUAGCAAACAAAUAGUCUUUCAAACUUAGGUCUUAAAUGGAAAUGCUGACAGCCUUUGCGGUGCUGAUAUUUGUUGCUGUGACGGAUGACAGGCAGAGAAACCUUGCUUGUAUAAACAGGAGUUCGGAAAACAGCCUUCCCAUUGUUUUGCUUAUGCUCUUGGAUGUGAAUGCUGUUUCCCCCUUGAUAUUACAUACCAUUCCAUUUAGAGCAAUUGCUGUCCUGAUACGGCUCCAAAAGCAAGGCUGCACUCCCUACUGGGGAAAGAAAUAACUCGGAUGAUUACGUGGUAGUUAAAUAUAUUAGAAUGCGACUAAUACUAAAAUCUCUUGAUUAGAACUGUUGACACUUACACAAAGAGGCGUUUGGUUCCUGAUUGAUGAAUGGACUGUUUACUUUCCAAUAUCAUAACAUUGAACAAAGAGAAGAUGGUAACACUUAACUUGACCCCUAUCUCCAUAACAUAAAUAUAUGUAUAAUGCGUUAUAGCACUGUAUAACUAUAGUUAUAAACACUCAUAAAUUAUCGUAACACUUUAUAGCAAUAAUCAUAACACAUUAUAAAGCAUUUUAUCAUGACUUACAAGGUCAGGUAUUAUAAUGUGUUAUUACUGUUAACAAUUCGCUGACAAUGCCCAUAUAGAUAAUGCAUUAUACAUAUAUUUAUGUGUUAUAAUUCGCAUAUAAAAUUGUAUAACUAUCAUUAUAAACACUCAUUAAUUAUCGUAAGGCUUUAUAACAAUAAGCAUAACACGUUAUAAUACCUGACGUUGUAAGUCAUGAUAAAAUGCUUUAUAAUGUGUUAUGAUUAUUGCUAUAAAGCAUUAUGAUCAUUUAUGAGUGUUGUAUACUGUAUAGUUAUACAGUGCUAUAGCAUGAUUAUAACGCAUUAUAAAUAUAUUUACAAUUCAUUAUAGAGAUAAGCGUCAAGCAAAGUGUUACCAAGAUUAAUUAUAGUAUUUCAAGAGUUAAUAAAAGUCCUCUGAAGUGUCUAGACCCUUAAUAAUGUGCUCUUAAAUAUGUAGGACUCUUGGAGUGAUAACUAUUUGUAUCUUUUUUUUAUUAAGGUAUAACUGAUGAUACUGUGAAAUAGCGUUGAAGAUGGAACCAGAGGCUGAGGACCUAGACCACAAUGAUAACUCAGUCCCUUGGUCAGGCUCAGAUGGUUCUCAGGAACUCUGCGCAACAGAGUCCUUUGGAGACUCUUACUAUGAAGAUGAUGGCAGUGAUGCAGACUAUCAAUCGCACCCUUGCUCUACUCAUUCCCACAAGUUUGACAAUGAGUCCCCAGAACCCCUUCAACCACGCGACUGGGAAUCUGCAGGGGAACCACAGUCUCUGCAUGAACUUAGUGGGAGCGAGGAGGAGGUUUCAUACCAUGAAGACGAUGAUGUCUAUCACAGUGAAUCAAGAGAGUAUAUCGCAGAGUCUCCACAUGUCCAAACCUCACCAAAGUCACUGUCCCCACAACCACAGCGUCCUGACUCUGAGCAACGUGCUGGCCAGAUUUCACGACCACAUUCCCACUCAUCUUCCUCCUCCAUUGGCUGCGCUGCCAAUAUGACCCUGGCCUUGACCCUUGCUGCAGAUCAGCCCCUAGGAGCUGGCAAUAGGCAGCACUCAGGGACUGGGAACAGGAGGGUUGAAUCCUCAGAGGAAGGAGGGAGCAGUGAAGCACCUCCUGCUUCUGUCGUCUUUGGAAUUUCAGACGAGGGUGCUGAGCAGGCAGAGAAGUGGAACUCGGAGUCUGACAGAGAUCUGUGCAGACCGGACAGGCACAGGGCAAGGCACACACGUAAGUAUCUGACUUCUACCCUUAUUUCUAUAUUCAAGCGGAUAUUUGAAGCUUGUAUAGUACUGUUUAUCACAUAUUGAAUGUGUUUUAAAUUCCAUUAGUGCACGAUUUAUUGAAAGACAUAUCAUUUUGUUUGCUUUGAAUGCAGCAGCAGUACUAAAACAACUUUGGUAAUAACCUUAAAUGACAUUUAGUUAUAUAAAGCAUUCAAUGGAUAAAUGACUCCUGCAAAGCACCAUGUAUGUGGGUUAUUUUCAUGUAACAGGGUCUAUUUUAGGGGGACUUACAGGGAGAAUUCCCAUGGCUUUAUGUGUCAGAGCAGGAUAAGAAUAAAAUAUGACCAUAUGAUGAGGCUGACAGAAACAAAUUUGACAGACACCAGCAUGUGUCACCCUGGCCUGUUACCCGAUCCCUUUUCCAAUCGUAAGACUGACUGCAAUGGAAAGUGAGCUGAUAGCUUUACUUGCCCCAUGGACCCCCCAAAGUUAGCUGUAAGUAAAUAUGAUGCUUUUAUUAGUGUGCUUGCUUCAGCAGGGGCAACUUCAAAAUUUUGUAUUAGUGUGCUUUCAUAAAACAAUAAUGAUGGUUGGUUGAUCACCAAGAAAAAAGGUCAAAUAAUGCCAAAGUACGGUUUUAAACAACCUAGUAAAAUGUGGGGUUGAUGAAAAAAAUCAGUCCCUUUAUUAGUCGACUUUACAGAGCUUAGAACAGUUAAAUGUUUCUCGUAAUUGGACUAACUUCCUGAAAAAAUAUAAUACAAAGAAUGCAAACUUACUGAUUAACUGCACAUCUAUAUUACAAACUUUUCACCCCUCUGUCUCUCUUGUCUCUGUCUUUUUCCCUCUUAUUUUGUCUCAGGGCUCAGUCACAACGAGAGCCAGUCAGAAAGACAAGUCAAGGAGAACAAGUCCAAAUGUAAGCGUCUUGCUCUGCUACUAACUAAUGCACCCAACCCUCAAAAUAAAGGAGCCUUGCUGUUCAAAAAACGUCGCCAGAGGGUUGAGAAAUAUACACUUGUGAGUUACGGGACUGGUGAAAACAAGUUUGACGGUGACGACCAAAUAGAGGAAGAAACUGAAGACGUCAGAUCAGCUGAGUAUAACUUUGAAGCAACUAGCGAGUCUGAGUUUGAAGAGGAGUAUUCUGUUCAACAUCACCAGCAUAAUUUGAGUCUGAAUUGGGGAAGUCUGCGAGAAAUGGAAGCACUACCAGAGACAAAAGGGAAGGGUGCUUUGAUGUUUACCCAGCGCCGCAAACGGAUGGAUCAAAUGGUAUCAGAGCAAGAGGAACUAAGAAGCAAAGCAUUACCAGUGGGAAGAUCAACUGAACCUGAACCCAUCGAAGCACAGGAUAUUUAUGACCCCAAGGAGACAUAUAUGCAUACUGAUCCGGCCAGCUACAUGGAUGAAAAUUUCAAGCAGCAUGUAGGAUACCAAGACAAUAUUGAACAGAUGAACCACAUGUCCAAUAUGUCAAGACCUUUGGUGCCAAACAGAACUGCAAAGCCUUUCCACGGAUUUCAAGAUGGCACAACUGCUCCUGUCAUGCCUGGUGGCAUUGUCCCAGCGACAAAGAUGCAAGAAUCAAGAUUUAGAGUACCUGUGCCUAUAAAUACUAACCCACAUGUUUGGUCUCCAACUGGAGACAUCAUAGCAUCAAGAGAUGAGCGAAUAUCUGUGCCAGCAAUAAAAACUGGCAUUCUACCAGAACCAAAACGGAGAGGCCCCAAUAAACAGCCAGCUAAGCAGCAGCAAGGGUCAAGGUUUGAAAACAAAGGGGACAGGAAGUCUUAUAUUGAGCCAGAGGAAGACUUAUUUAGUCUAGGUGCUGAGGCUUGUAACUUUAUGCAACCUAGAACAGUAAAACUCAAGAAUCCCCCUCCAGUUGCUCCAAAACCUACCAUCAACCCAAACUGCCCGCCUUGGAUUAAAGGCAGUCCCACCUGUGAGCCCUAUAUUCCAUCAAGAAGUCCUGUUUUACAACCUGCUCACAGCCCCGUGGGGCCUCAUAGUCAGCAUUACUUACAGCAGCAAGACUGGGCUCAGCCUCAACAGAUGGCCAACCAUUGGGCACCAGAUCAUACUCAGGCAACACUUCAAACACCUGCCAGUGCCUGGGGUCCGGUCAACACUGCUUCUCAGCUUUAUCUACAGCCAACCACAAAUAGCCGGAGUCAACAGCAGCAACGAUCCCCUGUGAGUAUGCAGUCUCGCAGUCCCACUUAUAGCCCACAUCAAGCACCUUCACCCUUGAGGAAUAAGUCAAACAGUGUCCCACAAUCAGUUGCAUCCUGUCCACCACAAGCAGGGAUGACACACAGCCAUGAAUCAAAAGCAUCAAUGGCUUCUCCUAAGGGUCAAGUCCCAGACAGAGGAAUUAAUCAGGCUCACGAUGGUCCACCCAUGAAAGGUAAAGGUGCAGAGUUGUUUGCCAAAAGACAGUCCCGUAUGCAGAAGUUUGUUGUUGAUGCUGAAACAGUCCAAGCCAACAAGGCAAGAUCCACCUCCCCAACUUCAUCCCUCCCCAACUAUUGGAGGUAUUCUUCCAAUGUCCGUGCCCCACCUCCUAUAUCUUAUAAUCCCCUUCUUGCUCCUUUCUACCCUCCAUCAGCAGCCAAGCAGCCCACCUCCACAGGACCCACUACCAAACCAAAGACCAAAGAAAAACCUAAAGCACCCCCAAAGCACCUCAAUGCCUUAGAUAUUAUGAAGCAUCAGCCUUAUCAGUUGGACUCAUCACUCUUUAAGUAUGAUGCAGUAGCAGAAGCAGAAGCAGAAGCCAGAAGCCCUAGUCCUAGUCCCAAACCAACUCGACCAUCAAAGUUUGAGGCUAUCAAAAGCCGUAAAGAGAGAGCUGCCCGUUCUCAAUCUCCCCAAAAAGCCUCUGAACUUGCUGUUCAAAGCAAAGCAGAGGCCUCAAAGUCUCCUGUAUUGGUAAGUUCCCAAAGUUCUUCUGCCCGCAAAACCACAAGAUCAGCUGAGCCUCUUGCAACUGACGAGCUCUUGGAUGCAAAGCACACUGUCACAGCCCCUCAUAUAACCCGCGAGCAAUCACCAAGCGCCCGACCUGCAAGCGCAGCCUCUCAGCAGUCAUCUAUUAGUGACAGCAUAGCUGCUGCCUUCUCUCCUGCAUCUCUUAUUGCCAGAGGUGUGCGUCAAAUGGCACCUCGGCCAAAGUUUUCUGCUAAGAAACCAGCAGUGAUGGGCCCACAGUGGAAGCCUGUUGCUUUGCUUCAUUAGAACUAAUAAUGAAGAUGAUUAUAUGUUGGUGAUGAAAAAUAGGAUAUAAAACACUAUUACAUCUGUAACUUAGUGGCAACUUAAAUGUCUUACAUUCAACAGGUGAAAAUGCAUAGACUUUUGCACUGUCCAUCUAAGGACAUACUUAGCAACCAAUGCUAGGAGAGCAUAAAAAAUCAACCUAAGCUUGAAAUUUAACAUCCUGACUACAAAUCAAAGACUAAAUAAGAAAAUGUGAGACAAAGUAUUUUUGAGUGAUUCUCAGGAAGUGCUGUUUUAUGUGCAAUAAUGUGUGGAGAGGGCCUUGUCUAACAAAGGUCUCAAGUUUGAGAUGUCUUUCUUUGUAUAGUUCUUUAUUUUUUGUGACAAAUAGAUGCAUGACAUGCAUUUUUGUGUAUUUGUAGUCACAAUUGACCCUAAACUGUACACUCAACAGUAACUUUUUUCAUGAAUUAUCUAAAUUCUAAUUGGAACUUAAAUCUUACUCGGAUAAAGGCAUCUUGCUUUUUAAUCAUUGAUAAAUACAUAAUUUAUCUAAUCAUUAAGUGUGUCUGAGGAGAAACUGUCCAUGCACUUCUUUUUUGGAUGCAUACAAUUUGCAAUUCCUUCAGUCUCAUUCCAAACUUUUAUGAAAUACAACAGAUAAAAGCAUUAACUGUAGCUGUGAUCAUUACUCCUCAUUACUUUAAAUGUGUUUUAUGUAGAUAUACAGUAAACUUCUGCAGUUAUCACACAUGGCCAGUAGUUGAACCAUUAGUGAGGUCUUCAAAUAGUCUGUAUCCUCAUCCUGGAUGUAAAACAUGAACAAGUUACCUUUCAGAUUUAUAUCUGCAAUCACAGUAGGAGCUCAAUGAAAAUCAGAAACAUUUUUCUUGUUUGUCUCUUUGUCACUGUCUUUGAAACAUAUCACUGUUUAUUGCACUUCUUGAAUUUGUCACGAUCAUGCUAUUAAAUUUCUUUCUUUCUGCUUGUGUACUUUUCUGUCUGACUCCACUCUUUAUAAUUUCCUCCUUUACCUUUCUCACAGCUUCACACUCUGAUUUAAGUUUAUUUAUUCACCAUUGAUCAGCUGAAAUAACUUUUUUUUGCCUAUAAGGUGGAAUGAAGCUUUGCUGAAGGCUCUCACCCUCACAACUAUGACUUCACGAUUCACCAUCAUGGAAUGAUGUGUUCGGUUUGUUUCACGGCACUUUUAUCACUGUAGCUCUUCUAUCCAAAUGUAAAAAUGAUGGAACUAAAAUCUUGAACUUGAGAAAACUUUUACCCGGUGUUGCUGAUUAUCUGUAGGAGGGAAAUCCAUCCUAAAACCCAGAAAUAGCCUUGAUAUUCCAGCGAUUUCUUCACAGUAAACACUGUAUCAGCAGCACACAGUAUGCAGCACAACCAAACCAUGAGGUAUCUUUUUUCAGUACAUUAAAAUAACUACAUGAUUCUGUUAGCCCUAUUAACAAAUGAACAGAGUUAGCAAAGCUGCUCUUGAAAGGAGAGCGUAGUUGCAUACUGCUAAUUACUUAACAGUGGACGUAGUUAAAUUUCAGAAAAGCUAACUUUGAAAUUUAAGGGUAGGAAAGUUCAAAUUACUCAUAAUAAGACACUGUAACCAAAUGUUGUUUAUUCUGUGUUAGCAAAAAGCACCAUUUAACUAAGUUAAGGGUUAUAGUAGAAUAAACAAUCAGUGGUAAAUUAAGAAAAAGUGAACACUUUGUUUUUAUUGCCAAAAAGUUGUUGUUUCAUCAACAAAGUUGUUACUAAAUAAAUAAAUCAUGAAACCACUCUAACUUGUUUAACUACCAGCAAGAAAGAGCUAAAUAUAGUUUAUUUAUUAGAAAACAAGUAUUAUCUUUAGUUCUUAAGUACUUGUGAACAGGAUAACAGUGUUGGUAAACUCACUGCAGAGAGCAUUUAGGUCAAAUUUUUACAUAUAGUUCUAAUAACUGAGGUCCCGUAGAAGCAUACUGAAUCCACCCUGAUGAUUUCACUUCCAACUGGUUGGUUUUAAGUGUGUUUAUUAACAGCUGCUCCUAUAUGGUAGUUUCAUUGUUGCACCUGUGAGUCAGAAAAUAAAAAUUGUUAUCAUUCUUAUUUGUAUAGAAAGCACUGUGAUGCAUAAUUUUCAUUUUCUACAAACAUUUAAAGGGCUAAUAAAAGAUGUGAUAAAACAUUUUAGAAAGUGUUAUUUUGGGUGGAUUUCCUUCCUAACAGAUUAAAAGAAACAAAGCUCACAAAUACAGCUCCAGGCAAAAGUUUGGCAAUCUUUUAAAUGAGUUUUAAGUUGAUGCACUGUCACUGUGUCUAUAUAAGAAACAUGGACAACAGAAGGUAAGUCCUAAACUUUGUUGUUGAGUUUCAGUAAAUGUCACGGGACUUUAAAAACUAAAGAUAACCUUUCGCUCCUGUCUACAACUAAGAAUAUCAAAGAAUUUAAUUAUCUUAUGGAGGUUUUUGUCAUUCUUUAGAACCUCUUUUUCUCUAAAUAUGUGCAUUGGUGUUUUGCAUAACAUUAGAAGUUUGUUUCAAGAAAAAAAAAGGUCUAACUAGUAAGGAAAUUUUUCAAAAUUUUUUGUGUAAAAAAAUGGAAAAGAAGAAAAUGGAACUAAUUGAAAAAAAGAGAGAGUAGAGCAUCACCAGUGUCAGGGUCUUAGUGAAGCCAGAGGGUGGCAGCAAAGGCUGAUUAUGAUACCAAGUCAAUCUAUUGAUGCCUUUUUUUUUUCCAGGGAUUUGGAAGAAGCCGCUCCCUGAGCCUGCCCAGACAAACAAAUUUGUUGCAGCCUCCCAGGUUUCUGUCACCUGGGAACACACCUGGAGUCCAGCGCUCAUGUUCACCUAUCCAGAAGCAAACAUCCUUACAGGAAAAAGCCUACAAGCCACCAACACCAUGGGAGGCAGCAUCCAGGAGCCCGCUAGGCUCAGUAGAUGAGGCUUUUCUGUUUCACAGCCUCCCGUUGUCUUUUGCCUCUAAUGUCAAAGCUGCAGGGCAGCGCAGAUCUCUGCCUGAGCCUCCAGAUGAAUGGAAGCGCAGGGUGUCCCUUGAUCCUGCAGCUGGCAGUGAGGGUAAUUAUUACGCAGCCACAGGUUUUCAGGCCCCAGUCAUGAGCAGGACAUUUUCACCUGGGAAACCAGCCUUCUAUGGGCCUCCUUUCAGACCUGCCCAGCCUCUGAGGCUUGCCAGCAGGGCCAGUAUCGGAUACAUGGGGCAAUGAGCCAGCCCAACAGAGUACUCUCCUUAGCUUAGUGCAGAGCAGUACCAUAAAUCUGCAUAGUGUUAGGCCGAUGACAUGAGGUCACAUAUAAAUGUUAAAAAAGAAAUACACCAUUAUAUUAUUUAGGGUUUGGAGGGUUGUACACAUUUUGGGAGCUUGGAACAAGAAAAGGUCAUUGACGUGUUGGUGCAAAGUUAUCAAAAAGUCUGAGAUCGAUGAAUAUUUAAAACAGUUUAUCAUGUUUAUUCUGACUUUUGAUGGAAGUGAGGGGUUUCUUCUAAGAUACAAGUGGUCACCUGAUAAAACAGCUAUACAAAGCCACUGUGUUGAAAUGCAGCUAUAAUGUUACUCUACACCGAGCGUUGUUGGCAUACUAUGAGUUAUUUUGACUAUUUAUGUGGAAGUGUUUUACAUGAUGGACUGAUUCGGUGGAGAAACAGAACACCAGAAAAGUUUAGUAAGUGUUAUAGAAAGUGUUAUAAGGGCUAAACUGAAUGUGAAAGGAGUGAUUUUUUUAUAUACCGGUGUUAUAGUAAUGUGUUAGUAGUAAAACGUUUUUUAAAUUGUAUGUGUGAGUUUUGUAGCUUUGCUGUACUUUGCAAGUUCACCUUGGCUUUAAACCCACUUUUCCAGUUUGACUUUAUAUGAAUUCUAUCACAUUUCACCUUUACAUACAAUUAUUUUUGAAACAUAACUCAUCUUUUUUAACUCUAUUUUCUCUCACAACUGUUGAAAUAACUAGUGUGAGUGUAUUCAUGAGGAAAGCUGAAGAGGUAAACAACAGUAUUUCUAUAAUCACAACAAUGUUUUGAUUGCAAUGACAAUUUACACAUUAUAUUUUAAAAUUGAAUUUUGUUUUUUGCUGAUAAUACAUGAUAUUAAAUCUUGAAUGCACACUAUUAUGAAUAUCAAGCCUUGGACUGCACGCAUAAACAGGUCCUGUGUGUCAGGGUUUGAAUAAGACAACUUUUUCCAUGUUGUUUGAAACUGUGCAAAGUUUGGAGGUCUUUAAUGUUUGUUUUGUGAUUUUCUUUGGUAUAAUUGAUGUUUCUGCACCUUAAAAACACAAGAGGAAGAAUUAAAAGAUAUAAAAACA